CGAUUGGCUGUCGACGCAGGUGAGGGCUCCAGGUAGACAUCCAGGAGUUGCGGGCAGGUAACAUAACAGACCUUGUUUUCAAUCUCAAGUUACAAACAGCAGCAGCAGCAGCCACAGAUGAAUCAAAAGGACUUCUUGGAGUCAGAAAUCCCCAGUACUUCAGUCAUGAACGGAAAACCUCAACGGCUCUGUCGACUCGCUCGUGACACUAGCAUUUCUUCUGACACCUCAACAGCAUCAGAUAUGUCAACGGUUUCUACAAGCGACUCUGAAGCCCCACUUGUUUAUACUAGUGGAGGUAACUACUACCAGAAGCCUCAAAAAUCAGAGAACAGGGGACUGAUACUGGUAGUUGCCAUGUGUAUGUUUGUGAGUGUGGGGGCCCUCUGUUUGAGUCUGCUCCUGUACACGGGCACACUGCAGCCCCACCCCCACCCAACAGCACCACAACAGGCCGUGUGUCUCCCCUGCAUGGACAUCCUGACUACGCCCUUCCCCGAGCAGGAUGACAACAUUCACCUGCUGGACAGACACUUCGAGAACCGGACGAUGAUCUGCUGUGCCAAAACACCCAAACAGUUUUCAAUAAUGUUUGAUAAGCUUGUGGACCGCAAGGUGAAGCAGAAAGAAGUCAUAGCGUCCCUUCAGCAGGAGUCUAGACAGCAGGUGGCAGCACCUAAGUCAACUACAAGAGUGGGCGCCCAUCUGCUAGCUGGACUUCAGAAGACAGAGUCCAAAGAGACCCAGGUGCGGUCCUGGCUGACCAACCACCCUCUUUCCUUCAUGCAGGGCCUCCAUCUGCACGCUGACCGCCUCGUGGUGGAACACAGCGGACUGUACCUUGUCUACAGCCAGGUAUACUUCAAGGUGAACAUGGACGAGCCCUCCACCCGGUCCCACCCCCCGAGUCUGCUGGGGCAUCUGGUGCACCGUUACAGCGUCACCAUCCCGAAUGGAGGUCGGGAGGAGUUGCUACAAGCGGCACACUCGUGCUGUGGGAACGGCAGUGACAGCCUCUUCCUCCAUACCAGCCACGUGAUGGGUGUGUUCCAGCUGAGCAGAAGGGACGAGAUCUACGUGACCGUGUCUCGCCCAGGCCUCAUCUACCGCGACCCAACACGCAGUUUCCUCGGUGUGUUCAAGUUGAACUGAUUCUACUCUUGGAGCAUCCCUCUGGAUACACACCUACAGCAGGUAUCACCGCCAGGUAUCAUUUAACACGCUGUAUAGAGGGGCAGGUUCACACAGCACUGGUGUUACGGUGUUUAGUCUCUGCGUGGAGGUGUGGACAGCGAGUGACCCUCACUCAAUAUAACUAUUACUUUAUAUAGCGGCAACACAGAACAUUUAAUGGCGUGUCUGGACGCUUUGUGAUUAGCCUGCUCCUAGAAACACAACUACCAUUGUGCCAAAACUAAAAUCACUUGUACAUACCCAUUUACUGAAGCUCAAAUCAUCCCCUUACAAGUGUCCCCCAAACUGAUGAUCCUUUAGGUGACUAGCUAUAGCUCCGUGUACAGUGAGUACAUGGAUGCUCUAGUACUGGCCCGGGGCGUCCUGGUGCACCAAGAGACAGAGACAGCAUGUCAUGACGUUGUGAUAGCCAUUGCUACAUCAGACCAGAGACCAUAUAAUAGACUGAUCAGACCACUGCAACAAUGCAGGCUAUACACGAAUGACCAAGGCGAUUGAAAGGAAGUGAACUCUCCCAGGAGUAUGUCUCUACAGAUUCGUUAGCGAACUGGCUUCAAGGCCUCCUCUUGUAUAUCAUGAUUGUUUAUCUCCAGACUACUUGUGUGCUGGGUGGGACGUUCAUAUGUUUACAAUAAUCAAGGUGACGCCAAAUGGCAAUAGCGAAGCUCAGUGCUGUGAUAUUUUUCAAAUGUCUAAGCUAGACAGACAUACAUACGUUCAUUCAUUUAUUCAUUCUCACAUGAGGUCCUAACACACAGAUACAAGCAUACACACACAGACAGACAGACACACCCUAACACACAGACAGACAGACACACCACAACACACAGACAAACAAACCCUACAACACAGACACACACGCAGAUAGACGGACAGAUGGGCAUAGAGACAGGCACACACACCGACACAGGCACACAUACAGUCAGACACACCUGCAGACAGGCACACAUACAGUCAGACACACCUGCAGACAGGCACACAUACAGUCAGACACACGAACACACUGACAGAAACAGACAUAACGAUCUCAGUUUUUUUAUAAUGCAUAUGUUUGAUUGCAUUAUGCAAAUACGUAAUGCUCGUAUACUGUUUUUGUUCAUGUAAAUAAAUAUAAAGCAUGUUCAAUGUU